AUGAAUAUAGGAAGAGAUAAUAAAUCACUUGAUGAACAAGUUAAAACACGUCUGUUGCAAAUUUCUUCAUUGAGGACAGAACGAAGAAAGAAAUUUCAAAAUGAAAAGAGAGUAAUUGAUCUUGGAGAGAAUACUCCAAUUAAAUCAACUCGACCAAUAGAACAAUUACUUUCGUUAUUAAACGAAGGAAUUAAAAACGAAAAUCAAGAGCUUAAAAUUCAAGUAUUGAAGGAAUUAUGUUAUGUAACUCGAAAUUGGAAAAAUGACACAGUCACUGUAGAUAAAGUUAUGGAUGUAACAAUGACACUACGCCCAUUAUUACAACAAACUAAUUUAACAUUUCCAGAAAUAAAAUAUUCAAUUCAUAUAUUUACUAAUAUUUCUGCAUUAUCUGAAGGACUACUUAAUCCAUUGAUUACUGGUGGAAUAUUAACAAUUAUGGGAUAUUAUUUAAAAGAUGAAAAUUCAGAAAUUGUUUCAAUGGCUUUGUCAUUCUUUUCAAAUUUAAUUAUUGAAUCAAAAGAACUUACAACAAUUGUGUUUCAAAUGGGAUUUAUAGAAAUAAUGACAAGAAUUAAUCAACAACCAAUGACAAGUGUAGCAUUGCAAAAUUCUUAUGCAUGGUGUUUUUGUAAUAUAUGUCGUUCUGUUUCAAAACAAUAUAAUAUUGAUUUUAUUCGUAAUAUAAUACCAAUACAAUUACUUGAAAAAGAAUCAAGUGAAUCUGCAAUAGCUGAUAGUUGUUGGGGAAUAUAUACAAUAUCAAGAAAUUUACAACAAUUUAAUUUAUUAGUAGAGUCUCAUGUAUUUGAAUUAUUAUUCAAACUAUUAAGAAAAAAAAAUACUUUAAUCAUUAUACCUAUACUUAAAAUACUUGAAGCUUAUUCUUAUGAAGAUGAGCGAUAUUUUAAUCAUUUUAUUAAGCAUGAUAUUUUCUCGUAUAUUAAAUCAAUUAUUGCAAGUCCACAAACAAAUGAUAAUGUAUUAAAACAAUGUACAUUUAUUGCUUCAAAUCUUGUUGUUUCUGAUUCAUUUAAAAAACUCUUAAUAAAUAAUGGAAUAGUACCAAUGCUCAUUCAAAAAUAUAUAAUUCUUAGUGAUGAAUCAAAAAAUAAUAUUAAAUGGAUGUUAAUUAAUAUCCUUGUAAUGGCAGACGAUCAAGAAGUAUUUUUCCUUUGUCAAAUGGAUCAAUUAUUUUAUAUCUUUGCAGACUUUGAUAAUAGAGAUGACAGAUUAGUACAACUGUAUUUAUCUUCUUUAAUUAAAAUUUGUUGUGUUGGUGCUUCACUUGCACAAAAUGGUGAAAAUGUUUAUGUAGAAAAGUUGAUCGAAGCAGGAACUAAAAGGUGUGUUGAGGUUUACAUAAACCAUCAUGACCCAGAAACUUCAAAAAUGGCUGCUGUAGUAUUGAGGUUCUUCCUCGACACAGAAUCAGAAUCUAGUUUAGAUAUGGAAUCUGCUUAUUAA